AUUUUAUAUUCUUAAAGACUACAGUAAAUGGCAACGUAGUAUUCCGUAUAUUGAUAAAACAUUUGUCUCGUAUGAGAAUAAAUGUACUGUUGAAACGUUAUGAAUAUAUAAAGAAAGACAAUGAUUUAUAAUUUAAAAUCAUUUCUCAUAGGAAUUAUAUAUGUGUUCUGCGCAGUUUUUUUACCCACUUCUGCCCAGCCUACAUGUUCAACAGUGUAUUCAAUAAGUGUCGGUAUAAACACGACUUCAGGUACGACUUUAGAAACGAUAGCGUGCACACUGUCUUCAGGAACUUUAUCAUACAGCAUUGACGCAACUUCCGACGGAUCCGACUACUUCGCUGUAAAUUCUACGAGUGGCGAGUUGUCACUUGCCAAUAGGUUAGAUGUAGAGUACGGUCCGGUAACAUGGCAGAUUCAUGUUGUUGCUACAGACGGAGGAGGUACUGCUAGUGCGACCGUGUCUGUGAAGACUUUCAUAUCAACUACAACAACAACAUCGACACAACCUCCGCCAGGAUAUGACUGGUUUGACAAGUCCUACAAUAAAUAUCUUUUCUGGAGUGUCAUGGGUUUUAUGGCUCUUAUAUUUGGUACAUGCAUUAUUUUGUGCAUCCGAUUUCAUCGACUUGGCACGUGCUUUCCUAAGAAAUAUCCACAGUAUGGUCACAUGAUCGCCAGCUUCAACAGACAGAUCACAUGUUGUCCGAUUCCAUGUGACUACUAUAAAAACAAACCAGAGAAGGAAGAAGAAGAAGAGGAGUAUGAAUAUGUAGACGACACGCCCUGGGGUCUACCGCUACGGGAACCAAAACCAGUUACACCAAAGAAAUCAUCUACGCCAAAGAAAUCAUCUACGCCAAAGAAAGAAGCUACGCCAAAGACAGAAUCUACACCAAAGGCUAAGGAUAAGGAGUCAGAUUUAGAAUCUGAGCGUCCCGUGGUAAUUACACCGCUAGUGAUUGGGAACGUAAACCUUAAUGAUGUUGGAUUUGAUGGAAUGAGGUCACCUGGAUUUAACGCGCCCAUGUUUACAUCAUAUGGCGGGAAGAAGAGCACUUCUUCUAGAGCAGUUAAAAAGUACUGAGUCGAAGAUAAUUUUCGGUUUUGUUUAUUAGGUAAACUAAUGAUCAGACGCCAUUAUCUUACAAUAAUCAUGAAAUGACAAAUGGAAAUACUUUACCAUUACAUCUUGCUCUACCUUUCUUAAAUUAUGAAAACUUUGAAAGAUUGUACGUGAUAUCGUAACAUGAUCUUUGUAUACCAAGAGGAUAAGGUCCAAACAAAUACUGUAUGUGACUUGAUUACGUCUAUCUAAACAAAAUAUUACAAGUAACGCAUCUUUAAAAUGUCAUUAUUUUCUUACAACACUUUUUGGUGGCGGCACUAGGGUUUAGUAACCUUGUAUAAGCAGAAAAUUUAAGGACGAAUCUUUUAAGACAAAAUGCCAAUGGUUGUUUACAGUCUAAUCUAUUUUAAUUAAAUGCGGUUUUGAUAAUAUACGUCCACGAAUAGCAAAUAGCAUAAUAUGGCAGUUAGAUACAAGCUCUAAAAUUUAUUUACGAAGGCACGGUACUCCUUUAUUCUAGACAGCACUUUCUACAGAUUAUUCAAAACAUCGUCUUUGCUGCAUUUUAUGAUAAAAUUUCGCACGAGAAACCUUCGGUUACCUUGGACAAGAAUACCAUUAAACCAAAGAACAUGAAAAAACUGUUAACAUAAGCUAGGCGAUGAGUUUCAUUAUCUUUCCGAGUGUAGCCUGUUUUCAAAUGAACCAAAAUAAUAUCAAACCAUUCUUCUUCAGAACUCCGAAUGUAUUUAAACUGGAAAAAUCUUAUAAACACUGAAAAUAAAAAAAGAUCUUUUAAACUGUUAUUUUGCUAAAAUCAUACUGCCUCAGUUAAGAUAAAUGAUAUUGUUAAUAUAUUUCCGUCUCCAUAAUUAUACAUUUUGUUACUAUCCGAUGCCAAAUUGGGGCAUCAUUCAUCUAUUAUAUGGCAUAUUAUAUUCAGAUAUGGAAUGUAUUUGUGUUAUAACUCUUACAUAUAUUUUGUUAGAAAAGAAUCAUGUCAUUUAUUUUCGCAUGAGCCUCAAUAUAUUGUUAAAUGAUCACCUCAUUAAUUCAUGUAUUCAUGAAAUAAAAGAUUUUUGACUUGGCUUAACUUGACUCAAGAGCUAGAACAUUGUGGUGGCUAAUUUCUGCUAUUUAGCUCUGGCUUGUCGGCGUGUUUGAAAAGCUCCGACACUCCAGAACGACAAACUAGAGCUCCAGUACGAUAAAUACCUUAUUUGUUUUAUGUUUUAUCAAUAUUAAAUGAUAGUUUCACAGUAUGUCCAGUCAGACAGAACAACAAGAAAAAGGAAAUCUUGAGUUACAAAGUUAUUUUAUUAGGUAUAUAUCUAAAUAUAUAUUGUUCAAAGAGUUCCCCAAUGUGGGUUUAUAAACAUGGAGUCUGUUAUGAUGUCAAUAGUCUAAAUGUUCCGGAUUAUUCCCUAUGGCAACACUGGUUGCUAAUGUAGUCGUUAGUUAUUACACCUGUCAUCUCUUGCAUAUAUGUUCUUUUAAUUUGUUUUACAAUAAAGCUGUCUGAUAUAA